AUGAGCGAGCCCAACAUACCGGACGAAAUUCUGCACCACAUACUCAACUACUUGCUCGCUGUCGAUGAAUCCCUGUUCUGCAGAUUUCCGUCGUACGACCGUACGUAUGGGCGGGGUUGCUACCGCAGCCACUCAGAAUGGGAGCAUAUUAUGCUGCUGCGCCAGUCCAGCCUUCUCCUCGUAUCAAAGCGCUGGCUAAGGGUCGGCACUCCGCUCCUCUACCGAGGCGUCGUUAUCUGGAAGGCGGAGCAUACCAAGACCUUGGCGCGUCUCUUCAAAGCGAACCCGGCCAUCGGGGCCGCGACACGUUAUCUCAGGCUCGAAGGCGGAUUGGGGAAAGAUUUGCAUGAUGUUGCGAGGAUGACUCCUAACGUGCACACACUAUACCUGAACAUCAGCAUACGGGGAACAGAAAGCAUUGCUGGGCUUCGGCGCGCACUUCCCAUCCUCAAAUUGAGCAAGCUAUACCUGACGUACAUGUCGUACGCCGGAGAAAGCAAGGUCAUUCGCGAGGGACGAGAGCUUGUGGAGAAGUGUUUAACACAUCAUCUUGUAACAUUGAGGACGAUAAUCCUUCCGCAAGGUUUUCGCAUGUCCACUAGCAUUGCGGUUGCUUUGGGGAACGCCCCAGCGCUGGAGACGGUCUCUGCAUCUUCUGAAUACUACAACAUCACGGAUUGGCUGAAGCGCGGCUAUAUCCAGCUGAUCGCCACAAAUCCGAGGCUACAACGUAUAUGCUGCCGCGGCGCACGCGGGAAGCCGGCUGUAGACGAUAUGAUUACCCAAAUGGGGGUUCCAGAGCGCAUAGCGAAUCUAUUCACAUACGAACGGACGUAUAUGGACGACAUCAGGUAUGGCUCUCCGCGAAACUUACGCAAAGAUGUUAAUCGAUGGCGUUAG